AUGACCACUAUUCUCGAUAUCCCAGGCACCAACCCCCCAAAUCCAUUCACCACGCCCAUCCAAGCCCUUCUCACCACUACCAACCCAUCCUCGACUCCAGACGAGACAGCAGCCCACCUCGUCACCGCAGUCAACACCUCUCCAGACCCCGCCCACGCCCUCUGGCAACUCUGGGACGCCUUCUUCACCGCCGUCGCCACCUCAACAACACACACCCCACACCUCGCCCUCCUCGAUGCCCUCCGCGCACAUCCACCAACACAACCUACCAACGUCCGCGCAGGCUCCGAUGCCCAGCGCAACCUCCGCAGCUACACCAGCCCCGACGGAAAGCUGAACUGGGAGUCUCUGCCCCGCUUCAGCGCGCAGUGGCGCGAUGUGCACGAUAUCCUCGAGGCCUGGCGCGACUGGGACGGGGUGCGUGAUUCUACCUCCCAUGCCACUACUACUACAGUAAUCAGCGGCGCAGAGUACUUUCUCCACUUCUGCAGCUUCUCCGCUGCGCUGCUGAAAGCGACGAACGGGAAAGGCGGGGUGCAUCCUGUCUGGGUCUUUUAUGCGUGUCGUGACGUGCUGGAGUGUGAGCGACUGGAUCGGGAUCGGCAGCCAAAACCGCACAGGAUGCCGCUGGAGGAGGUCUGGGCACUCGAUGUCCGGGUGGCGGCGACGUGGGUCCGGCAUGGGGCGCGGGCGCUAUGGGAGGCGGACCACGAAGAGCUUCGGCGGCAUUGGGCUGCGGCGUUGGAUGAGAGGACGGAGUUGUGGCCGAGAGAGGAUGGGCUUACGAGGGAGCGGUGGCAGUUGUGGGAAAGAAGGCUGCGGGAGUUGAGUGCUGAGGGGGAGGUUCUGGAUGGGGAAACGAGGGCUGUGGUUGCGGAGGCUGCUGAGGUUGUUAGUGGUCUUUUGAAAGAAGACUAA